AUGUCAGACCAGUGUCCAGUAUUUGCCCAUUUCCUGGGAUUCGGCGGUGUGGCUUCUGCGAUGAUCCUAUCCACCAUCGGCGCGGCAUACGGCACUGCUAAAUCUGGCGUUGGGAUCUCAGGGCUAGCCACAUUCAAGCCUGAGCUAGUAAUGAAGUCGCUCAUACCGAUUAUCAUGAGUGGUAUUCUAGCUGUAUAUGGUCUUGUCGUCUCUGUACUCAUCGCUGGCUCUCUCAGUCCGACUGAGCCUUACUCCCUCUUCGCUGGCUGCACCCACCUUGCCGCUGGUCUCGCCUGUGGUGGUUCUGGGCUUGCUGCUGGUCUCGCAAUCGGUAAAGCAGGCGACGCGUUCGUGAGAGCGUAUGUAUAUCAGAGCAGAGUCUUCGUCGGCAUGCUCCUCACUCUUAUCUUUGCAGAGGUACUCGGCCUCUAUGGUCUCAUCGUGGCUUUGAUCCUCAACACGAGAAUAACCGGUGACGAAUGUAAUGCAUGA